CGUCAGCUCGCAUGUCGGACUCGGAACUUAGUCUGCAGGAGCUGGUGUUGAGUUUCGAGACAUCCCAACUUGCCAAUUACAUCGUUCUGGCAGCCACUGCGAUAUGGAUAUACGAAUAUAACCUCACGUUCUGGACGAUGGAGAUACCCAUCGUCUGGCUUCAGCCAUGGAACGUGAUGUCGGUGUUGUAUCUCGUCAACAGAUACAGUUUUUUCUUCAGUUGUGUCGGUCAGACUAUCAUGCUGCUACUUCCCGGCCGGACUGAAUCGUUCUGCCAUGACUUCUUCUACGCUCCCUUGACAUUUCAGACUAUUGCUUCGUUAUGUACCUCUUGCCUUUUCGUGUUUCGGGUGUACGUUCUAUACGAGAGGUCAUUGACGGUGCUCGUCGUACUAGUGGUGAUCACCAUCGGCGCACAGGUGCAAUCCAUAUGGUCUUUGUCACUGGCUGUGGGCGUGGCCACAAACGAUAUACUCCAGACUGGGAUUCCGGAUGAUACUGUAUCGGUAUGCGUCUUCGCUACAAGACUGGACUCGCAGCUCGAAUUGUUUUCACGGUUACAGUUCACAGUCGUGGUGACGGAACUCCUGUUCGAUGGUCUCAUAUUCGCCAUGACGCUGAGGAAGACGUACCAGCAUGCUCGCCAGAUGCGAUUGAUGGGGGAGUCGAGUAUCACCCACCUUCUGUUACGCGACGGCACAUUGUAUUUCUUCUUCUCGUUCUUGAUUGCCAUCGCUGUAACAGGAACACAAUUGUAUUCAAUGACACACGAUAAUGCCCCUACGGGAUUAACGUCAAACUUCUUCCUGCUACUCACACCCCUAUAUAAUGCCCUUCCCAAUAUCCUCGUAAAUCGUUUAUACCUCAAUCUCAAAGCCUGGCACACUGCCCCGGAUCCGGACUCAUCGUCUCGCCGAACAGGCCAACUCACCGGCAUUGAGUUCGCUCCCGAUAAGACUAGCAGGCUAUUAGGAAAUAUCGGCGGCCCGCUACGGACUCUCGAUGAAAUUGGCCAAUGGUCGGUCGAUGAGAGUGGCUUUCGAGAUAGUGAGGAUACCGUGGGCAGUAACGGACCAGGAAACGGAACAGCGAAUGCCUCGAGGAUUGAAGCGGAAGUUGGGGACGAAGAGGCUGGAGUGCCACUGACCUCAAGAGAGAGUGCUUAGGCGUUACGGAGGAUGGUUCACGAAGGUGUAGAGAUGGUCCAGGGAUCUUUCCGUCUUCUCGGUAUUGAACCAACUCCCAGCGGUCUUCUCCCCUCUGUCGGAUAUCGCCAUGUGUAGAAGGAUGUACGAUAGCUAGUUGCUUUACCAGUGUUGUGUUUGUUGGACUUGAUCGAG